AUGAAGCGGCCACUGAGCCCAUCUCCCCCAGUUGAGAAGGAGCCUCCUAUACCCGGAGCUACUGAGUGCCCUCCUCCAACCUCAGAGCAACCUAAAACCAAGCGGGAAAGAAAACGGCCCUCGUACACACUCUGUGAUGUCUGCAACAUCCAGCUGAACUCCGCAACCCAGGCCCAGGUGCACUGUGGGGGGCGCGCCCACCAGCGGAGACUGCGACAACUCAGCUUGGGCAAGGCCCCCUCGGGCCCAGCAGGCCCUGCCUCCAGCAACCCCAGUCCCCUGCUGGCCUCUCUGCCCCUGCCCACUCGGCCUCUGCAGCCCCCGCUGGACUUCAAGCACUUGCUGGCCUUCCACUCCAAUGGCACCACCCCGCUCAGUCUCUUCCCCAACUUCAGCACGAUGGACCCGGUCCAGAAAGCCGUCAUCAGCCACACAUUCGGGGUUCCCUCCCCUCUGAAGAAGAGGCUCUUCAUCUCCUGUAACAUCUGUCACCUGAGGUUCAACUCAGCGAACCAGGCGGAAGCACAUUAUAAAGGCCACAAGCAUGCCAGGAAACUCAAGGCUGUUGAAGCUGCCAAGAACAAGCAGAGGCUGCAAACCCUGGCCCGGGAUGAGGUGGUGGUACCCCCAGCCCCAACUCCGGCCAGUGGGACCCCUGGAGAGUCGCAGAGUAAAGGUCCAGCGGCCCCUCCCCUCGGCCCUCCACUCCAGCUACCACUGACCACAGACCCACCAGCCAGGGAGCCAGCCCACUCAGACCUCUUGGAUGCCGCCUCCUCUUCCGCUUCCUCCUCCUGCCCACCCCGCUCCCCAGAGCCAGGCAGGGAGGCACCAGGGCCUGAGCCCACCGCUGCAGCUGUGGGAAGCGGAGUAGGCGGGGAAGGCAGGAGUGAGAAGGGGCGCCUCUACUGCCCCACAUGUAAGGUGACUGUGAACUCAGCCUCUCAGCUGCAGGCUCACAACACAGGAGCCAAACACCGGUGGAUGAUGGAAGGUCAAGGUGGGGCUCCCCGGAGGGGCCCUGGCCGCCCAGUGUCGCGAGGUGGGCCUGCACACAAGACCAAGAGAGUGACCGGAGCUCGGGGGCCCCGGCAAGGGCCCACUCCGCCUUUCCACUGUGCUCUCUGUCAGCUCCAGGUCAAUUCAGAGACCCAGCUCAAGCAGCACAUGAGCAGCCGGAGGCACAAAGACCGCCUGGCAGGGAAGCUCCCCAAGCCCCCCAGCCAGUACAGCAAGCUGCAGAAGCACGCGGCUCUGGCUGUGAGCGUCCUCAAGUCUAAACUGGCCUUGCAGAAGCAACUCACCAAGACGCUGGCAGCCCGUUUCCUGCCCAGCCCGCUGCCCGCCACGGCUGCUGCCAUCUGUGCCCUGCCGGGGCCCCUGGCUCUCCGGCCCGCGCCCACAGCCGCAGCUGCCCUCUUCCCAACGCCCAUCCUGGGUCCAGCUCUGUUUCGCACCCCAGCAGGGACAGUCCGCCCUGCCGCAGGACCCAUCCUCUUUGCCCCCUACUAGCCCUCCUGGAGAGGCCAGGGCACACUUCCCAGCAGCUACUGACCAUCUCCCUCUGCCCCCCAAACACCUGUUCUCUGUGCCCCACAGGGCACAUUAGGGGAUCCUGUAUGGUACAGGACAGCUGCCCUUUGCUCUGUCUGGAACUGGGGAUUCAGCUAAUUCACCUGGUCCAACUAGUGGCCACCUCCACUCCUUUCCUGGCCCUUCCUGGGCUAGUCCUAGGCUCCCCUUCACUUCCCAGCCUGCUGAAUCCCAAGGACCUGUGCAGAACCCCAGUCCCAGCCACGUGGUGCUUUUCCCCAACCAGACACCUAUACACCCAGACUCUGGUCAUCUUAGCUUUCACAAACCAGCGUUUUCCCCCCCCCCCAUCCCCCCUUGGGCUGAGGACACAUCUAGGACCUCUACUCCUGUACUCUGGGGCCUCACUGGCUCUAGAUCACUGGAAAUAAGGGAUGGGCUCUCAAACUAGAGUGUGUUUGAAGUGAACAAGGGGUACCACAGGGCACAGUAGGAAUGAAAAGGGGACUGGUCAAGCAGUGCUAAAGUAGGGCAGAGCCAAGGAUAACUUCAUCUGUUCGGGGGGGGGGGGCAGGGUAGGAAUAGGUGAGGGAGGGUGAUGUUUGGGCUGGGCCUUGGUUUUAAUGAACGUGACUCACAGACUGAGGUGUGGUGGCUCACACCUGUAAUCCCAGCAACUAAGAAAGCAGAGAGCCGGGAUAUCAUGAUUUGAGCCUAGUCUGGACAAAAAGUGAGAUUCCCAUUUCAAUCAAGUGUUGGGUGUGGGAGCAGGCACCUAGGGUGCCUCUGCGCAAAAUGUAAACUCCUAUCUGUGGAAAAUCAAAGCAAUAAAAUAGGG